AUUGCUUCUCUGCCGCUGCGUUAUUUUGGUCUCUCGCUCACAUUGAAGAAUCAUGAGUUACCUAUUGACGACGUUCUCGCCAAAUCAGCCCUUGACGUCUCCAAGUUCGCAACCGUGGCACUCGUCGAUGUCGAUUCCGACGACGUUCAGGUCUACCCCCAUUACUUCGACAUCACUUUGAUUCCCUCCACCAUUUUCUUCCACAACGCCCAUCACAUCAAGAUGGAUUCCGGAACUGCUGAUCACACCAAAUGGAUCGGCGCGUUUCGGACGAAGCAGGACUUCAUUGAUGUUGUCGAGGCUAUUUUCAGGGGAGCGAUGAAAGGGAAGCUAAUUGUGAACUGCCCAUUGCCGCCGGAACGAAUUCCGAGAUACCAGUUGUACUAUAAGGAUGUCUAGAAGUUGCCAAAAUGUGAUGAAACUUGUCGGAUUGUAUUUUUGUUAAUAUGAGAAAUAUAUAUUUCAGAGGUCUUUUCUUUGGUUCUAU